CGAGCAUCAGAUGCGGGCUGAUGCGUGCUGAGGAUUUGGCUGCUUGAGAAACAUCCCGCACACCUCCUCCACCUCGCCGCUGCCUCCAGCACGGACACGAGCGCAAAAUAUCUUCUUUUUUUUAAAAAAAAUGUUUUAUUAUUAUUAUUCCACCGAUGCGACAAUAAUCUCCUCCCUUCAUCUCCUGCAAAUUUAAAACCACUGACCUACCUUUUUUUUUUUUUCUUUUUUCUUUUUUUGUUGGCGCGUUCAUCAUCAUAUCAGCAGUGAGGAGGCGCGUCCACACACACACACACACACAUCACCUCUCCUAAUCCGGCACAAAGGAUCAGCUGACCAGAGGACCGUAAAGCUCGGCAGCUUACAGAAUCGACAAGAGCUUCUCCAGGACCAGAACCUUGUGGAAACAAGAUGGAAGGAUUCCUCGUAUCUCUGAUGAAGUAGAGCCCUCGCGAGCACACUCCCACCCUCCAUUUCCUCUUCCCAUACUUUCAAAGACCUCGGACCUGUUUGCCAUGAUCGAGAGGAUGCAGGGUUGCAGAAUGGAUGAGCAGAGAUGUCCCCUCCCUCCCCCCCUCAAAACAGAAGAGGACUACAUCCCUUAUCCCAGCGUCCAUGAGGUUCUGGGUCGCACUAGCCCCUUUCCACUCAUCCUGCUGCCCCAGUUUGGAGGCUACUGGAUCGAGGGGACCAAUCAUGAGCCUAAAGACGCACCAGAGGCUGAUCAACCCCCAGGUUCUGCCUCCCACAUCAAGCUGGAGACAAACAGCACCGCCAAGAUCUACAGAAAGCAAUUCAUGGGCAAGGAACACUUUAAUUAUUACACCAUGGAUGCCGCCCUGGGCCACUUGAUCUUUUCCAUAAAAUACGAUGUCAUCGGGGAUCAAGAGCAUCUGCGCUUGAUGCUUCGCACAAAGUUUAAAACCUUCCAUGAUGUGAUUCCCAUUUCCUGCCUUACCGAGUUCCCCAACGUGGUUCAGAUGGCCAAGCUUGUUUGUGAAGAAGUAAAUGUGGAUAGGUUUUAUCCUGUCCUCUACCCGAAGGCAUCAAGGCUCAUUGUCACCUUUGACGAGCACGUGAUCAGCAACAACUUCAAGUUUGGAGUCAUUUAUCAGAAGUUUGGCCAGACAUCAGAGGAGGAGCUGUUUGGAAACAUGGAAGAAAGUCCUGCCUUUGUUGAGUUCCUGGAGUUUCUGGGCCACAAGAUUGAGCUUCACGACUUUAAAGGAUUUCGGGGUGGGCUGGACGUCACUCACGGGCAAACGGGGACAGAAUCCGUCUACACAAGUUUCCAUAAUAAGGAGAUUAUGUUCCAUGUGUCCACCAAGCUGCCUUACACGGAGGGAGACUCACAGCAGCUGCAGAGGAAGAGGCACAUAGGCAACGACAUCGUAGCCAUCGUGUUCCAGGAGGAGAACACGCCCUUUGUGCCCGACAUGAUCCAGUCCAACUUCCUGCACGCGUACGUGGUGGUGCAGGUGGAGAAUGCGUGCACGGACAACGUCACCUACAAGGUGUCUGUCACAGCGCGGGAUGAUGUACCUUUCUUCGGGCCUGCUCUGCCUGACCCUGCCAUCUUCAAAAAGGGACUCGACUUCCGCGAGUUCCUAUUUACCAAGCUCAUCAACGCGGAGUACGCCUGCUACAAGGCCGAGAAGUUCGCCAAGCUGGAGGAGCGCACGCGUUCGGCCCUGUUGGAGACUCUGUACGAGGAGCUGCACAUGAACAGCCAGUCCAUGAUGGGUCUGGGUGGAGACGAAGAUAAGCUGGAGAACGGGGGCGGCGGAGGAGCAGGAGGAGGAGGUGGAGGAGGAGGAGGCUUCUUUGAAUCCUUUAAGCGGGUCAUCCGCAGCAGAAGCCAGUCUAUGGACGCCAUGGGCCUCAGUAACAAGAAGUCACACACAGUCUCCACUAGUCACAGUGGCAGCUUUACCCACAAUCCCGCAGAGAGCCCCAAAACCCCGGGGAUUUCAUUGCUUGUUCCAGGGAAAAGUCCCAGUAAAUAUGGACGCCGAGGCAGUGCCAUAGGGAUAGGAACAAUAGAAGAGUCAUUAAUCAUUCCUGGAAAGAGCCCGACCAGGAAAAAGUCUGGGCCCUUCAGCUCCCGCCGCAGCAGCGCCAUUGGCAUCGAGAACAUCCAGGAGGUCCAAGAGAGGAGCCGGGACGUGUCUCCCAACACCCAGAGGACACCGGACAGCGCCCACUUUUCGCAGGAGAACAAAUCGGACAACUCGUCCAAUCACAGUUCGCCAGAAUUCCCUGCCACUAAGAAUAGUCUGGCCAUGUGUUGCAGGGCGGCGUCCAUCCCCGAGGCGCAGGACCUUUCCCGCUCCUCCUCCAACGCCAGCAGCUUCGCCAGCGUGGUGGAGGAGCACGAGGCGGACGAGGAGUACGACACUGGACUGGAAAGUGCGUCUUGUGUUACGCCGCUGAAGAAAGACUCGUUCGCGUUCAGCUCGAUGGAGGACAGUGCGUGUGGUAGCAGCCAGGGAAGUUUUCCAGCCUCUCAUCCUCCACAGCAAGCUGAGGGACUGAAGACAUCCGAGCCGAAAGGGACAGACAGCCAGCCCAAGACAGAGCGACCCUCGCAGGAGCACGGGUCCUCAUCGAACUGUUAGCCACACUCCUGUGAUCACUACAUUGAUGUCCAUUUUCAGCAUUCCCAUAAGAGGCAGCUUUUUUGCCAAAAACAAGCCAAGGGCAUGUGAACUCCACCCCAGAUGCAGAAGAGGAGCAGAAUUAGAAGCCAGAUAAAGAGACUGACAGAUCUUCCUUAGCGUGUUUGGCAUGGAUCUGCUGCAUGUCAAGACAGACACCCAGUUCCAUGGACAGGUACCUACCUAUCGCCCUCAUUCCAGCUCCAUGUGGACCCUCCUUGAACGCUCAAGGCGAAGGAAACCAGACCUCCACACCCAUGCAGGAUCACUGCUGUCUGCCAUCGUGUCAGCUGGCUUAGCAGAGUCAGCCCGGCUGCCUGCUCAUUCUUCUGGCCAGUAAGCUCUAAAAAAAAACCCAAAAAAACCCAAAAAAAAAAAACCUGAUUCCUACUGUCAACACUCCAACGUUGUGUGUGUCCUUGUUUAAAGAUCAGGAUCUGAAACAGGGUUUUUAAUCUUGUGGGGAAAGACACAGAGACCGAUCAGACGACUGUUGUUUGCUGAGCUUGUUAGACAGAAAAGCGGAUCUACGGACAGGAGAGUUGCACCAGAGAGGAAAACAAUUUUUUGUUUUUUUCUGUAAACCUCACAUCCCACUGUGAUAUAGUCCAUGGGUUAAACUUUGAUGUACCGGGUGUGUGUGCGUGCGUGCGUGCGUGCGUGUGUGUGUGCGUGCAUGUGUGUGUGUAUAUGUGUCAGGGCACUUUUUUUGUGUUUUAUCGAUGAUCUAUACUUCUUCUGAGUACUCUGCAGUGGAUAUUUGUCGCGUUUUUAUGACAGCUUCGGUAAAUACGUCCUAUUUUUUUUUGAUGGAGGGUACUUCUGUGAUGCUGUUGUUGGUGGCUGUGAUACUAUUUAGUCACCUUUCUCCUCUUGAAAGGUGAAAUAUACCACGGAAUAUGCACCUGCAAUUUUUAGAUGAAGACGUUUGUUUAAGUCUUUAGAAGAAAAUCAAUAUUUUAACAAAGAUGUAGACUCCACUGAUGCGAUCAAAUUAAAGUGAAAACAUUAUUACUGUCGUGCCCCAACCAGCAACAUGCAUCCUCAGUCCACACUUCAAGGUACAGCUGUUAAGUCCUUUGUCUCCAGAUACUCCUCGUCACACACCACUUGCCGAUUCGAUGUCCGUGUAUGGGUGUGUGUAUACAACAGUACUGUGCAUGGUGUAAAAUCUGCUUGCCAAUAGAAAAAAAAAACAAAAAAAAAAACUCUGUACACUGGUGCCAUGCUUGACAUAGAGAUGUUGUCCCUGUGAUUUGUGUUUUUCUUGAAAACCAGCCAGCAUCUCCGGAUGCAGCGCACAUCCGCUGAUAGAGAGCCAAAUGCCAGUUUCCUACUUUAUUUGUAAAAUGUAAUAAUAUAUGUACGUGACCCCGGCACUACAUUUUUCAGUUAUUUUUCAAAAAAUGCUGACCUUUUGAAAAAAUACAAAACCUGAUUUGUUUGCUUAAUAAGAAUUACACUGUGACUCGUCUUGAAGUUGCCUUUCUAAUGAUUGUGUCGCUGUGGGCUGCUUCGAGGGCAGGGUCGUGUUUAAAGGCGCUGCGUUGCGAACUGGCAACUGAAUGUAAAAAAAAACCCUGGCAGAUAACGUGUUUAUCUGCUCCAGUCAACGUGGUACUGUGUCGACUCCUGGUCAUGGUAAACUUGAGUCUGAGGCAGUUCACCUCUUUUUCCCCGUCAUUGAGGUUGUUGUGAAGGAAAGCACUGAUGCAGUUUGAGCUGAGUUGUUUUAUUUCGGUUAUAUGACCGAAGCAGACAUGCGGUUUAUUGUCUGUAGUGAAUUAAAGACAGCAUUUAUAUGAAACGUUUUAUGAAAGUAGAAAAGUUUUAAGACACCAGACCAAAUGCAAAACUGCCUACAAACUGUAUUCAUCAAGCUGUUAGUAGCUACAAAACACUGGACAAAGUAACAGUUUGCAUUUGACUCUACACAAAAAAAAAUGGCAUUAGAAACAAAAUAUACAGACUUUCUGUAACAAGUACACGUUUGUGUAUUACAGCCUUUAUGAAAAGAGAUGAUUUCAAAUGAUUUUCCUCUGAACUUUGGAAAUGCUUGAGUAGAUGAAGUGCGCCCUCUCGUGGCUCUGUAUUAUUAUAGCACAUCACUAUGUGGUACCAUUCAUCUCGCUGUGCUUGCACUGUGGGCCGACAGCCGGCCCGAACCACAACAUGAUUGGGAGUGAAUCCUCUAUGUGCUCAAUUCAAAUGAUUGUAUUUCUCGUAUUUGGGUUCUUGUCUGCUUAAGCCCUUGUUCAAAAGACCUUGUUUGUAAAUAUUGCUUUUCAUCCUUUUUUUGUAAAUAAAGCCAACGAAAAUGUUUAAUAAAGAUGAAGAUGCAUACGGUA